UAUCAUCAUUUUGGUUGAACUUUUUGAUUCAACCGUGUAGAUAAAAGCAAAGCCGAGAAGCGAUAGGCCUAGCAGAAUAGAAUUUCGCGUAUGCAGCUUUAGUGUGCUACUUGGAAACGUCUCAAAUUUAAACGAGUUUGCAUUAUUGACUUUAUUAGCCACGUUGAAUAGAAACUCGAGCACCGGUUGUAGAUCUACUUGUUGAGAAAGUUGUAAUUUAGAAUCUAUUACAAUCAUGGCUUCAGGUGCAAAUUUAAAAUACUUACAAAAAUUUAUGCGUUGUUCAACUUUCCAAUCGUUCAAGAAUUCAUUACAACUGACGUCUCCUUCUGUUUUUGCUGUAUCUCAUAGACAUUGCUGUUCAACACAAUUUCAAUAUCGGAAAAUGUCAACUUCAACACCUCUUCAGGGUAAAGAUAAAGUGUUAUUCACACCUGGGCCACUUGGUGUAACUAUGAGUGUGAAAAAGGCUAUGCUACGAGAUGUGGGAUCUAGAGACAAGGAAUUUAUUGAAUGCAUUAAAUUCAUUCGCAGGCGAAUUUUAGAAAUUGCAGGUGUUUCAGACAAGGAUUUUUGUUGCAUUCCAAUACAAGGCAGUGGAACAUUUGCUGUUGAUGCAUCUUUUCAGACAGUUUUACCACGGGAAGGUGCCAAGGCUCUAAUAAUUGAGAAUGGUGCCUACGGCAAGAGAAUGGCCAGUAUCUGUAAAGCUGCUGGUAUCAGUUGCGACGUCCAGAGUUUCAGAGAGGACAGCAUCGUCGAACCCCAGGUGGUGGAGGAUGCCCUCAGUGGACGCACCAAGUACGAUUUAGUGUCCAUCGUGCACAGCGAGACCAGCUCUGGCGUCAUUAACCCAGUAAUGGAGGUGGGGAACAUUGUGAAAGAGCUCUCUCCAGAUUCUAUCUAUCUGGUUGAUGCUGUCAGUAGUUUUGGUGCGGUUCCUCUAAACAUUGAGGACAGCCGUAUUGAUGUUUUGAUCAGCUCCGCCAACAAGUGCCUUCAGGGUGUACCAGGAUUUGCCUUUGUCAUAGCAAGAAACAGUGUCAUGAAUAAUUGCCAAGGUAACUCCAGAAGUUUAAGUUUGGAUCUGUACGACCAGGUGAAACAGUUGGACAAAACAAACCAGUUUAGAUUUACCCCAGCCACCCACUCCAUGCUGGCAUUCAAACAAGCCCUGUUGGAGUUUGAACAGGAAGGGGGAGUUGAAGGCAGAGCUAGAAGGUACAUCAACAACAGGACUAUAUUGCAAAAAGGCAUGUCAGAGCUUGGGUUCAAAGAACUCCUGGACAAAAAAAUUGCAGGUCACAUAAUCACCUCCUACCUGUACCCUAAAGAUCCAAACUUCAACUUCACUGAGUUCUACAACAGAUUGAACGACAAGGAUCUUGUGAUUUACCCUGGGAAAGUGCUGGACAUUGACUGCUUCAGGAUCGGAACAAUUGGAGACUUGCAUGCUGAGGAUAUGAAAAAUCUCCUGAAAGCCAUUCGGGAAGUGUGCAAUGAUAUGAAAAUUAAAAUACCCAUUCAGAAUUAGGGAAACAAAUUUGUUUAAUUUAUCCUAACGUGGGUUGCUAUAGGUUAAAUUGUGUAUGCAAUAUUAGGAUGUUGUAAAAAAAAUUUACAGACCAGUAACUUCUUCAUUUUACAUCUUUUUAAGCUUUUUGGGGAAUAUGUACAAUAGUUAAGAUCUGUUUAUUAUCUAGUCUGCUUGUUAUUAAAAAAAAAUGUGUUUGUGUAAUUGAUGUAUUCUUUUUUGGUUAUUUAAAUUCCAAUGGAAUCUACACAAUUUAAAAAAAAAAUGGUUAAAGGACUGUCAACAAACAGAAGUUGUAUACAUUUUUAUUUCUAAUUGUUUUUUUUAAAUAUAUAUUAUGUGUGUUCAGGUUAAACAGAUGCCAAAAUGUGUUUUUAAAUUUCCUCAUCUACAAAAUGUAAACCGAUGCAGAAAGGGUGUGCUAAUCAUUUUUCUACAUAUCUUCUGUUCUCCACCUUUUUUCUAUAGACAUGUUUUUUAAUGGUGAGUUCAGUAUAACCAGAUACUUGUAUUUGAAACAAAUUUGGUCAAAUUGGUAAUAUCUAAGCUUUUAUUUAGAAAUUCCAAAUAUUUAUAAUAUGCAUGUCAUCAUUUCUUACAGGGUAUCUAAGUCACUGCUGUUGUAAUUUAUAAAUGUAUCUCUUAUCUGUACUGUCAUAUGUCAGAUCAUGCAUAUAUUGUUUACACAAUAUUUUUAAAAUAAUGAAUUCUUUGCUCAUCCAACUUUUACGUGCAUAAUAUUCAAAUUUACUUUUUGUACAAAAUUUAUCGGGUGUUCUCAUUGAAAACACACACAAAUUAACCAAAUAUUGCAAUCUGAAGUGUUUUUGUAAACAUUUUCUAAUAAUUUUAGAAUAAGCAUACAAGUAUACGUCACAUAUAUACAAAUAUAUAGGCAGUUAUUAAAUUGCCAUUAUAUUGCUAGUAUUGCCUGUUAUAUCUUCCACAUAACACUUUUUCUCUGAUGCAUACAUAAACAUAUAAUGUAAAAUGCUGUUACAUUGUUGGAAUGGAACUAUUUCUAUUGCAAUAGCAAGAUUAAACUCAAGUGUUAAAACACCUUAUUUCGAUAAAAAGUACAGAAACAGUUCAUAGAACCCCACACUCCAUCUGGCUAUGCAUUGUCCUUACAAAGUACUUUUGUCUAUCUCUUGUGUCAAAAUAACACUUUGGUGUAAUAUUGCUAGUUCAAUUACAGCACCUGUUACCACCCCCUCUCAAUCUGUAUUGCAGUAUUAUCUGUUUCUGUAUUUGCAUCGUAUUCGACCUUUUGAUUCUGUUAUAUGUCUAAUGCAGGGGUGGACUAGAGUUUUAAAAUGACUUUAAAUUUUUAACUGCAUUGCCCCUUUCCUAGUACAUCACUGGUAUUCUUCAGGGCGGCCCAGUCCACCACUGUUCUUGUUUGACGUUUGUGUAUUUUACAUCUUGGCAUACUAACUUUGGGGUCGAUAUUGAUGUUCAUGUCAUAUUAUGGUAAAUAUUGCAUUUAUAUUACAGCUGUUGAAUGCCAUGAUAUUGCUAUAAAUAUUCCUUACUGAAGCUCAAGUGUGUUUAAAAUGUUGGAUUGUGUGAAAGAGUGAAGCUGGUGGAUAUAAAAUCACAGUGGAACUGUAAUUGCAUUUUAUUGAGUCUUCUGAUUGGUCUUAACACUAAUGUAUGUGUGGUUGAUGUUAUAAUUUAUGUAUGUUGUUAGCAUCUAUGUAUGUUUGAGGUUUUCUGGAUUUCUAAUAUAAAAAAUUUAUGUAAUAAAACAUACAUGAUGGUUAUGUUCCACAAUUUUAUUUUUUGUGUGCUAGGGGAUACCAUCUUACAAUUUAUAUUAAUGUACUAAAUAAGAAUUUAUAAUUUUAAAAAAAUGCUUCUUUUUAAAAUUUAAGAUCUAACAUUAAAAUAAUUGUUAAUAAAA